AUGUCCAGGCGGCACGACAAGCGCAACUUUCAAGGGCCCAAGCAUGGGCUCAUAGUGCCAGUCAAAGUGCAGAAGCGUCUGCUAGCCCAGACCAGGUUGCGGGUGUUCGAUUGCCCAGCUCAAGGCACGCUCACUUUCUUGCGCGACGUGCUCAGCGACGGUGAAACGCCCAGCCCUUGGAGCUGGAGCGGAUACGAAAGGAUCCCUACCGACGUGUCCGUGGACAAGUACUUGGAUCAAUGGAGGGAGAAUGAGCUCCGCAGACGGGAACGAGCGAGGAAGCGAGCUGAGCGGAAUGGCACACCAGACUCAACAGCUGAGCUACGGUCAGUCGACAUCGCAUCCGAGGAGCUGAGGCCUCGCUUGGUCCAAGCCAAAAAUAUAGCAGAGGAUGGUUUCGCCAAACAGAAGGCGUGUCUCUUGGGCCGGGUCCUAGUGUUUGACCGAAAUGCACAUCCUCUUUUUGAUCCAUAUGCCACGACAAAGAGUUGCAGCAACAAGACGGUCGACUGUGUGUCGAGCGCACGCCGCAACAAGAAGGCGCUAUCGACAUUGACAAUCGAAAACCAGACUCUCAACGAGCGAAUGCUGACGGAGGCAAUCACAGAGCUCGAAAUCCAGGACGCAGAAGCCAGACCAUCAGGCCCAGCUUCUGAGGUGAACAAGAAACACAUAUUCAAGCCAUUGCAGAAAGACCCAGCAGCACAAGCCAUGAAUGGCGAGCUUUGGUGCCAUAGCAACAUUGGGCAAUUGCUGCCACCAUCUUUGAAAGAAGAGUGGAUUUCAUUUUGCAGCAGGUAUGAGGCCAGGAACUGUCGACUUUUCGAUGCUUUCGCCAAGUCUUCCUCAGCAGCCGGUCAGAGCAUCGAGAAUUGUGAAGAUGACGUCCAGGAUUCCGAGCCGGCCUCUCUUUUCGGAACCACAUUUUACUUCAACGGAUUGCAAAGAGACAAGGACGGAGCCCGUCUGGUAAACUUCAAUCGCCCCGUGCCACUCUACGCUCUUUCGCGCCAUCGCAACUCCAACGACAACACACGCGCCGAUCGUGUUCGCACACGCAACAGACCAGGGGAAGGCCCCGUUGAGUUCCUUGGCUGGUUCCGCUUGACCAGCCUCAGGCUCGUCGCACCACAUUCGCCCGAGUUGAUCCGAAUGCUGGAAAUAAAAGAUGGCGCCAAGGGCUUCAAGAAACAGCGGAGCAAAGAAGCAUGGGCCAAGAGUCUGUCCACUGCGUGGGCUCGCAUCGGCAUCGAGAGGAUCCGCACCAAGACGUUCACCAUCGGGCAUGACGAAACCGCGCGGGAAGUCCUUUUGAUGGAUCCUUCAAUGGCUUCCGGCUGUCCGGAUGAGCUGGAAGCAUAUAUAUCCAAGCUUGCAGGACUUCAAACCAGCUGAACAGCAUCUGCGAGGCGUACUUACUGAAGCUACGCGGUUCGCACUCAAUCCGCAAUGUAAAUUUAGCGCAUUCAGACAGCAUUGUCACACUGCAAAUGAGCCAGGUCGUAUUCG